AGUCCCGCAUGCGCAGAGGCAGAGUUCACGCGCGGCGGCGGCGCUGGGCUGAGCUGGAGGGUCUGUGCCGGGGCGACCUUCGUUCACCCUCCCCCGGCCCGGCCCGCCCCGCUGCGGAGCUGCAGCCUCCAGGCUGCAGAACGACGUCCAUGUUUCACUUCAGCUCCUUCUAUCCUCCCAUGGGACAGGGAAGAGAAAUGGCUGCAGUGGCGCCAGCUCAGGGGCCGGUGACCUUCGAGGAGGUGGCUGUGUAUUUCACCAGGGAAGAGUGGGCUCUGCUGCAACCUGCUCAGAGAGCUCUCUACAGAGACGUCAUGCAGGAGAACUAUAAGAAUGUGACCUCGCUGGGGUUUCCAGUUUCCAAACCUGAUGUGAUCUCCCAGCUGGAACAAGGGGAAGAGCUAUGGGUCCCAGAGGAAAGAGAGAUUCUGAGAGGUCCCUGUACAGGAAGUGAUGCAAUGCUUUGUGAGAAGGAGGAGCAGAAUUCUCAGCAGGAAAAUGUUGAGCAAGUAGAUAAACACAGAGAAUUAUCGCAAAAAUGGAAAAGGAAUGUGUCCAGGAGUCAUGAGCAGGGAAAAUCCUGUGUGAUUCAUUACAGACCAGAAAGAGAGCAGGGAAACCAGCCAUUGGAGAAAAUGGGUAAAUUUAUUUCCUGUCAGGGAUCUCAGCAGAGCCUCGAGGAAACCACAACCCAUCAGGAAAUCCUCAGGAGAAAGAGGAAAAAUACAUUCAGUGAGUGUGGAAAAAACUUCUCUCGACGAUCAGCCCUUUCUAAUCAUCAGAGAAUCCACACAGGGGAGAGGCCCUAUGAAUGCCAUGUGUGUGGAAAAUGCUUCACCAAGAGCUCAGACUGCUCUAAACAUCAGAGAAUCCACACAGGGGAGAGGCCCUAUGAAUGCCGUGAGUGUGGGAAAAGCUUCACUAGGAGCUCAGCCCUUUCUAAUCAUCAAAGAAUCCACACAGGGGAAAGGCCCUACGAAUGCAGUGAGUGUGGGAAAACCUUCGUUAGGAGCUCAGCCCUUUCUAAUCAUCAGAGAAUCCACACAGGGGAGAGGCCCUACGAAUGCAGUGAGUGUGGAAAAAGCUUCAUUCAAAGAUCAGGCCUUUUGCAGCAUCAGAGAAUCCACACAGGGGAGAGGCCCUACGAAUGCAGUGAGUGUGGGAAAAGUCUCACUAGCAGCUCAGCCCUUUCUAAUCAUCAGAGAAUCCACACAGGGGAGAGGCCCUACAAAUGCAGUGAGUGUGGGAAAAGCUUCAUUCAAAAGUCACACCUUUUUCACCAUCAGAGAAUCCACACAGGGGAGAGGCCCUAUGAAUGCAGGGAGUGUGGGAAAAGCCUCACUAGCAGCUCAGCCCUUUCUAAUCAUCAGAGAAUCCACACAGGGGAGAGGCCCUACGAAUGCAGUGAGUGUGGGAAAAGCUUCAUUCAAAGAUCAGCCCUUUUUCAACAUCAGAGAAUCCACACAGGGGAGAGGCCCUACGAAUGCAGUGAGUGUGGGAAAAGCCUCACUAGCAGCUCAGCCCUUUCAAAUCAUCAGAGAAUCCACACAGGGGAGAGGCCCUACGAAUGCAGUGAGUGUGGGAAAAGCUUCAUUCAAAGAUCAGGCCUUUCUAAACAUCAGAGAAUCCACACAGGGGAGAGGCCCUACGAAUGCAGUGAGUAUGGGAAUACCUUUUCUUGGCACUCAGCCCAUGUUAGCCAUCAGAGAAUCUGGAAGGGAGAUCAACCCCAUUAAAACCUCUAGGACUAUCAAUACUUUUUUUCUUUAAUACUUUUCCUGAUUCUCACAUUAUUUUUCUCACAUAGUAGCUUUUAAGGCUGUUUGAACUGUUUGCAGCACUGUUAUCCAUCAGCUUGUCCAGAUGAGUGCCCCAUUUUUGCCUUUUGCAGUUUGCCCUCUUGAGGUGGACCUAUUUGUACUUUGUAUUGUCCCAUGAGUAAUUUGAGUGUGCGCUUCGUAUCAGGAACCAGGGAGCAUCACAUUUAUACCAUUCCUCCUAUUGCAAAGUUAUUGUUAGUCACCAAUGAUACAGAUUAUAUCUGUCAUAAAUAUAAAGGGAAGGGUAAACACCUUUAAAAUCCCUCCUGGCCAGAGGAAAACCCCUUUCACAUGUAAAGAGUUAAAAAGCUAGGAUAACUUCGCUGGCACCUGACCAAAAUGAC